AUGAGAGUAAUCUUGGUGCUGGCCAUGGCAGCAGUGGUUGUGGUUGUUCCAAAGAGAGUAGAAGCAUCUCGUGCUUUCUUUGUGUUUGGUGACUCACUAGUUUACAGUGGCAACAACAACUACUUGGCAACAACAGCACGUGCUGACUCUCUCCCUUAUGGCAUCGACUAUCCCACUCAUCUCCCCUCUGGACGCUUCUCUAAUGGCUUCAACCUCCCUGACCUCAUAAGCAAGCGAAUUGGGUCUGAACCCACAUUGCCUUACAUGAGCCCAGAAUUAUAUGGAGAAAGGCUUUUGGUUGGGGCAAACUUUGCUUCUGCUGGGAUAGGAAUCCUCAAUGACACAGGCAUCCAAUUUGUUGACAUCAUCAGAAUUUCCGAGCAGUUUACAUUUUUCGAGCAGUACCAGGAUCGGUUAAGUGCAGUUGCGAAGAAGGUUGUGAAUAAAGGUCUAGUGCUAAUGACACUGGGUGGUAACGACUUUGUUAACAACUAUUUCUUAGCUCCCAUCACUCUAAGGUCUAUGGAAUUCACUGUCCCUGACUUCUCUAGCUACCUAUAUCUGAUAAUGCAGAGGUUGUACGAGUUAGGGUCUAGAAGGGUGCUGGUGACAGGAACUGGUCCAUUAGGGUGUAUUCCCUCUCAACUUGCUACAAAGAGCACUAACGGGGAAUGUGUCCCUGAGUUGCAACAAGCCAUGGAGAUUUUCAACCCUCUCCUGGAUAACAUGAUCAAAGAUCUCAACUCCCAACUUGGCAAUCAAAUUUUUAUUUCUGUCAAUGCCUUCCUAAUGAACCUGAACAUCAUCACCAACCCUGAAAAAUAUGGUUUUGUUACAUCAAAGAUAGCAUGUUGUGGACAAGGUCCAUACAAUGGGUUGGGCCUGUAUAACCUCUUCUCUAACCUGUGCCAGAACAGGGAUGCUUAUGCAUUUUGGGAUGCUUUUCAUCCAACCCAACGCGCACUUGAGUUCAUUGUGGAUGCCAUCUUUAAGGGAACAAGUGACCUUAUGAACCCUAUGAAUCUCAGCACCAUCAUGAUCCUGGACUCAAACAUCUAA